ACUUGAAUGUAGAAUGGGAGGAAGAGGAAGGGGGAGGAACUGGGAGAUGCAGAAAGGAGAAAGGCAGCAUCUACGGGGGAGGAACAGAGAAGGAGGGAGGGAGGAGCACUUGGGAUUCAGCAUUUGGCUUGCUCGUUUUGAAACUUCUUGUCAGGGAGGAAGAUCUCACGGACAAUUUACCAUUGACAUCUAUGGAUGAGAAAUCCAAUAGGGACUUUUUUCUUGGGGAUUGAAUUGAGUGGAAUAUUAUUACAUCUUCAGGCCAGCUGGCCGAGCAACCUCCAACUCAGGUUCCCAGGCGAGAGUUUCUUCUAAUUGAAAAGGGAUUAAUAUGAGGAAGCCGUUAAAUGGGCUAGACCCUGGAAUCCGACUGAAGGGCCUCCAUUGGAUUUAAAGGGAGACACAACAUGCAAACCAAUUGGUGAACCAGUGUGGCCUGUCAGACCCCCGCCCUUGUAGCCAACACACCACCAACACAUCUUUGGGUGGGGGGGAUUGUAGAUACUCGCUCUCUGCCUGAGAACAAAAGAGGAUGGAGUCUUUCCUGCCAAGAAGAAGUCACAACAUCAUGAAUUCAUCCAGCUCUGUUCUCCGCCUCGGACCUCCUCGCAGCUGCCUGAGGCACCACUACCAGGGUGUAAAGCAAAAAUUGCGGCCUGGGCGAAUUCUUGGCUUUAUCUUCAGCCUGGCGGUGGUAUGCACAGUGUGUUCAAUGAGUGCCUUGUCUCUUGUGACCACGGGGGCGCCCAGUGAACCCCAAUCUGAGGGUUCAAGAGAUGCAGAGGUGCCCCAAAGAACUCUCCUGGAGCACCAGAAUGUCUCCGACCCCGGGGACCAGCAAACAUCAGAACUUGAGAUGAAUCACGGGGACUACCCAACAGACUACUUUAGCGUGGAGGACAGACGCCAAGGCUUUGUGGUGUUUCAUAUGUUUGGCAUGUUGUACAUGUUUAUAGCCUUAGCCAUUGUGUGUGAUGAAUUCUUUGUCCCGGCCCUGACUGUCAUUACUGAGAAGCUGGAGAUCUCUGAUGAUGUAGCAGGAGCCACCUUCAUGGCAGCAGGUGGCUCAGCUCCAGAGCUGUUCACCUCCGUCAUAGGAGUCUUCAUUUCCCACAGUAACGUGGGCAUUGGCACCAUCGUUGGCUCAGCCGUCUUUAACAUCCUGUUUGUGAUCGGGAUGUGCGCCCUCUUCUCCAAAGAGGUGCUGAACCUCACCUGGUGGCCUCUAUUCAGAGACGUCUCCUUCUACAUUGUCGGCUUGCUCAUGCUCAUCUACUUCUUUCUGGAUAAUCAAAUCACACUGACUGAAAGUAUUGGCCUGCUCAUGUGCUACGUCACCUAUGUGACAUUCAUGAAGUUCAACGCCAAAGUAGAACUACUCAUCAAAAGACAACUGGGCAGCAACCAGGUGGACAUAAUAGAGACUACAUCCAAGGUCAACACCCCACCUGCAGAGGAUGAGAACAAACUCGUGGCCAAACCAAGGUUACAGAGGGAAGGGAGCUGUGCUUCACUGCACAACUCAUUGAUGAGAAACAGCAUCUUCCAGCUUAUGAUACACACACUGGACCCCCUGAGCAAUGAAGGACAAUUCAAGGAGAAGGCAUCAAUCCUUCACAAAAUGGCAAAACAAAAGUGUAAAGACGAUCAGGCUGCCAAUGCCAACGGUGUUGUAAUUAAAAACAUUCCCGCGAGUACAAAGGUCGCAGUGGAAGUCACACCUCCCAUGAAUGGUGUCGCAGGAGACGAGGGUGGCGAGGAGGAGGAAGAUGAAGAUCAGCCUCUGAGCCUGGCCUGGCCUGACACCACCAGGAAACGUCUCACCUACCUCGUCAUCCUACCUAUUGUCUUUCCUCUCUGGCUCACACUGCCUGAUGUCAGGAGAGAGUCCUCAGAAAGGUUCUUCCCCGUCACCUUCCUUGGCGCCAUCUCUUGGAUUGCUUUCUUCUCCUACUUGAUGGUGUGGUGGGCUCAUCAGGUUGGAGAGACUUUCUGGAUCACAGAGGAGAUCAUGGGUCUAACUAUUCUAGCAGCGGGCACUUCCAUUCCUGAUCUCAUCACCAGUGUGAUUGUGGCCCGAAAAGGCCUCGGUGACAUGGCUGUGUCCAGCUCAGUGGGCUCUAACAUAUUUGACAUCACUGUGGGACUGCCCUUCCCGUGGCUCCUCUACAGCAUCAUCAAUGACUUCAAGCAGGUGGAGGUGAGCAGCAAUGGCCUUUUCUGUGCCAUCGUCCUCCUCUUCAUCAUGCUUCUUUUCGUCAUCAUCUCCAUUGCAGCCUGUAAAUGGAGGAUGAGCAAGAUACUAGGCUUCUUCAUGUUCCUGCUCUAUUUUGUUUUCCUCGUCAUCAGCGUCAUGCUGGAGGACAAAAUUAUAAUCUGCCCUGUAACCAUCUGAGAGAGGAGCCUGUUUGGCGGCAUUGAUGCCACUUAAUAACAUUUAGUAGGUUGAUACCUACUUGAAGAGACAGAUGGAACAGUUACAUAAACACUGACUGACAUGGACAAGUCAAGCAAGGUUCAUCAGAGACGGCGAUGUGUUUAAAAAACAACAAUACUACCCAUGGAAGCAGUGGGGUUACUUUUAUGAUUGAUAAGAGGAUUGUUUGUGUUCUGCUCUGGAAGGGAUUCUCAUUGUCAUGGGGAGCGGAAGAGAGGCAAAUGGACUUCAUACGUGUGAAGACUAGAUGUUUAGAUUUUAAAAGUUUUAUUUCACACACUGCAUCACUGUACAUUGUCAUUUAAUUUGAUUCGUCAGAAUAAUUUGUACUGUUACGGUUCAUUCACUUCAUGAAUAACAAACAUAGGCUAUUAAAACUUCUCUGUACAGUACACAGAAUUGUAAUUGACUGAGGUGCCCAUAAUCUCUGCCAAUAUCAGUAUGUGAUGAUGUGUUUUUCAUACAGUAUGAUUAUGAUCACACCAUGUUUGUGAUUGGUAUGCCUUUAAGUGCAAUCACGUGCUGAUGUCGUCCCCAUCCUGUUUGGCUGCAGGCCCUCGAAAUGUUGCGUUCACAUGCUGUUAGUCAUGGUCCUACAAAAACUAAUUAUUCAACAAUGGCUUUCUGGAAUUUACUUAGCUGAAUAAUUAAGAUUCAUGGGACCUAAGAGGUGUAGCCUAACCUUGAUUCAUCAAUUCAUUCACCAAUUCAUUAAAUGGUGUGUCUCAAUACUUUUGUCCGGAUAAAUUACAGAAUUUUAGAGAACUUUUCCUUUCUAUUCAUGAUCUCGUCAUUGUAAUGAAGAGAAUGCAAAAAGCAUUUUGUUUGCUUAUACUUAAAAGUAAAUAAGGUACCAAUUUCUUCAAACAAAUCACUUCCUCACGUUACUUGAAUUGACUGAAAAUACAGUAUGUAUUAAAAGUGAUGCAGAUAUGGUGACAAAGUGUCAGCAUGUCACAGCAAAACGAAAGGCACAGUCAUUAUUCCUGAAUAAUACCAUCCACUGCAUUUUUGUUUUAUCAUCCAAACUGUUCUGUGCUUACAAAAAUGACUUUUUCAGUGCAAUUUUAGCGGCACAUCAUUCAUGUACUGUAUAGUCAAUGUGUAAGGUGGUGAGGUGCUGCAAACAGUUUUUUUCUUUUAUAACCCCCGAGCACUUUCAUAUUCAUCUGUAUAUUUACUUGUGUGUUUCACAUUUCUCUCUGGUAUACAAGUUUUUCCAGUUUAGACAAAUAAAUUAUCCAGGUGAAAAAUAUAACAACACAGAAACACACUUGAUCUCUGAGUCAGUUUUUUAUUUUUCCCUUCCAUAAGUAUAUCAAUUGAACUCACCUAAUAUUGUUGUCAGAAUAUGUUUUAUUUUGCAUUUGUCUGUAUAAUUGUAAAAAAAAAAAAAAAAAAGAAAA